UUUUUUCUAUCUUGUUUCGAUCGGUUUUGUUUGCGAUUUUUGAUUUUUUUCCAACCCAGCCCUAAUUGUGGACCUAGUGACCCAAAAGCAUGCGUUUGUGACUUUGUUUAGUUGAAAGCCCAAAUGAUCUUAUAGGGUUUCUUCUCUUCUUUCAGAGCUUCUCCGUCUCUUCUUUCCGUCGAGCUUCAGCCUUCCUUUCCAGUUUCAACAUCUCACUGGCAUAGCCAUCUUCAGCAGGGUUGAAUCUGCAGAAAUGGCUACAAUACCUGAGCAGUUGUUGUGGGAGAUCGUGAAGAAGAACAACUCUUUUGUGGCCAGACAGUCUGGCAGUGGCACUGCCGCUGUUGUCUUCAGCAAGGAACCUAACAAUCUCUACAAUUUUCACUCCUACAAGCACUCUGGUUUGGCAAACAAGAAAACUGUUACCAUUCAAGGGGGUAAAGAUCUAACCGUGACUCUCGGUACCACCAAGACCAAGAAGCAGAACAAACCUGCUAGUGUGUUAAACAAGUCUGUCAUGAAGAAGGAGUUCCACCGAAUGGCCAAGGCUGUUACCAAUCAGGUUGCCGAAAACUAUUAUAGGCCAGACUUGAAAAAGGCGGCUCUCGCGAGGUUGAGUGUCGUUCACAGAAGCCUUAAGGUUGCCAGAUCAGGUCCCAAGAAGAGGAACAGGCAGGCCUGAGCAACUAACAUUUCAAUGUCCUUAGCAAUGUGGGAUUUUCCUUCCAUUUUCUCUUUUCAAUUCUCAUUUUAUCUGAUGUCUCGUGUCUCAAACAUUUACAGUAUUUUGUAUCUUUACUUGUUGAUUGAUAUGAGCUUUAUUUUAAAUAUCGAGAUUUUGAACACAAGAGAGUUUCCUUUCCCUCUUGUUUAUUGAUAACAUUGCGAAUUAUCAUGGGUUUUUUUUGGUCUGGAAUUGGAAGUAAUUUAUAAAAAGUGUAUGAAAAUGGACAAUCACUUUUUUUUUACUCUUUUCAUUCCGAAUUAAAUUGUUUGUUUACUA